GUUGAAUUAUAAAUGUAAAAUGUUUGAAUUGUUCCACUCUAAAUUCAUUGUUGUGUGACGUACCUAUUUUAGAAAAUGAGCAUUUUCGUUUAUGGUGAAAUUCUUCAACUCCCGUUAACAAAGUUUCUUAACAUAUCGGAAAAAAUUGGUGGCGAUGUUAAAGAACAAAGUAUUUUAGUGAAAAAUGCCUUUCAAGCGCAGUUGCAAUACCUUGAAAUUGUCAGUAAAAACCCUCCACCUCGAAAUGAACACGAAUUGAUGAUUUCAUUGAAACCAACAAGCGAUAGUAUUUGCGAGGUUCAAGAAUUCAGAGGCAAAAAUAGAACAUCGCAAUUUUUUAAUCAUUUAUCAGCUAUUAGUGAAAGUAUACCUGCUUUGGGAUGGGUUAUAGUAACCCCUGCACCAGCACCUUUUGUUCAGUACAUGAACGAUUCUGGCCAGUUUUACUCCAAUCGCGUUUUGAAUGAUUGGAAGGGAAAAGAUAAAAAACACAUUGAAUGGGUCAAUUCUUGGGUGGAAACGCUCAGUGAGCUACAAGUAUUUGUUAAAAGAUUUCAUGCAAAUGGAUUGAUUUGGGAUUUUAAACAUAUUACUACGGGAGACUCCAAUGAUGAAAGUGUCCAAGCUAGAAGAUCGUUUGUUAAACCUGCGAACUUCAUUAGAGAUGGAAAAAAGUGGAUUAUUGAACAUCAAAGAGGAAAUCAGGAUUUAAUAAUAGAUUCAGCUCAGUUAAAUAACGUGGUUUACAUGUACGACUGCAAGGAUUCUUUUUUAACUGUAAAAGGAAAAAUAAAUUCAAUUGUGCUGGACUCUUGUAAAAAAACUAGUGUUGUAUUUGAUUCUCUACUUUCUACAGUGGAGUUUAUUAAUUGUGAAUCUGUCCAGAUGCAGGUAUUUGGUAGAGUGCCUACAAUAACAAUUGAUAAAACCGAUGGUUGUCAAAUUUACUUAAGUCAAGAAAGUCUGGAUGUUGAAAUUAUAACGGCAAAAUCGACAGAAAUGAAUAUAAUGGUCCCGGAUAAAAGUGGCGACUAUAUUGAAAAUCCCAUUGCAGAACAAUUUAAAACCACUAUAUUGCCAAACUUAAAACUUUCCACGGUUACAGCAGAUUCUAGUUUUUAAGAUUUUUGUAUUAAUAUAUUUUACAACAUAUGUAGGUACAUUAUUUUUCCUAUGACUGCUAUGUAAAAGUCACAUUUCCUAAGGCGUCGUUUCUAAUAAAAU